AUGACAUGUGCUUUUCAGCUGAUCUGUUCAUUUCUUUUUCUUGGUAAGUGUGGGUCACUUUAUCUUCAUGUAAAAUGCAUUCCUUAAAUCCUUAAAAUUACUUAAUAUGAACGUUUUGUCAUAUUUUAGUACCAAUCCAUGCGAACGAUUUCGCGGAUUUUGGUCCAGACGCUGCCCAGUCGAGAUUCGAAUUUCGCGCUCUAGUGGUAUGGCCUCUUGAUCAUUUAUAGAUUUUUUUUAAACUAAAUAUCACUGCUUCUGAGAUCAUCUUUAUAUUUUUUUUCUCAUUCUUGCCCCCAAAUUUUUGUUUUCAUUCACCACACACUACCAUUGUUCAUCAGGGAUCGCGAUUACUUAUGCAUUCGAGUCUUUUGUUGUCUGGCCUUUUAAAAAUAUUGGGCUAUUUUUUCGUUAGCCCGAAUUUCAUCCGAUUACUUCGAGUCGUUAUUACUCUCUCAGUAACGUUGAGAGGAGAAAACGACUCGAAGCAAUCGGAUGAAUUUUAGGCUAUUUCUACAUCGCAAGUGAUAGUCAUUAGGGUGGUUCGAUUACCAGUACCAAUAUAGAAGAACACCUAAAUCACCAGUGCACAUACAAUAACCUACCUGGUUUUCACAGACAAGAGUGUCUUUCACUUCAGAUCUUCACCUUCAAUAGCUUAGUCGUGACCAAGAUUAUCUACUGUGCUUAUAUCAUAAAAAAACUCUUUUCAUAAGCUAAGCCCAGGCUCUCAAUAAACCACGGUCCAUGAUACUGUAUAGUGCUGAAGUGUAAUAAGAUUUAUUAUACGCAUACUGAGAAAUACUCGCCAAAAAGCUAUGUCGUAAAUUUUCGUACGCAAAUUAGUUCUAGCCAAUCAGAGGAGCGAACGAUCGUUUUCACACGUGAAAAACAUGAUACGUCUAAUCAGAAUCGCGAACGAUGUUUUUUCACGUGUGAGAAAAAUGAUACGUCCAAUCAGAAGCCACGGGGGUGUGUGAGGGCGCGAUCCAUUCAACCAAAAUUCCAACCGGUCCGACCGGGAAAAGUGGUCCACCUCAAAAGGUGGACCCGUUUUUUCGAAACUUUUCCGGUUGGACCGAACCGAUCCAUUGAGUUUUGGAUCGAAAUUUCCGGAAAUUUUGGUUGAAUGGAUCGCGCCCGGAGUUUCGCGCCAAAAUUCCCGCCUUUUAUUGCAAUUUGCAACGCCGCUUCGCACAUUUUCAACGAGAAAAGUUUUACUCAAAGAGUUUUUGUCGCUAAAAAAGUGAAAAACAGUUAAGAUCACUUAUAGUUCUUGAAUUACCUUAUAUCCUCACCAUCAUUUAUGUUUUUAACAAACGUUUUUAUACUUCGUUUUCGUUGUCAUUUUGCGGUAAGUGUGUAGCGGGAAAUUUUAGCAUUUUUGAAAGAUUUAAAAUAAAAAGGCCGCCAAAAUGAUGAAUGUCUCAGUAUGUAUAUAAUAAACACAAUACCACAUGGAAAGUGCUUUGUACGGUAUUUACGCACUCGUUGUUUUUGUAUCAGAAAUCUUACUCGUUCGCUGCGCUCACUCGUUCGAUUUCUGAUACGUCAACAAUUCGUGCGUAAAUACCGUACGCCAGCACUUUCCAUGAAGUAUUCUCUAUAUACCACAUAGAUUUUAUUAUAAACUUUCAAUUUUCUGAAUUCAGUGAAAUAGCGUAUUAAAAAAUGAGAAUACCUGUAUUGCAUUUGAUAACAAUAUUUAAGUUUGAGUCAACCAUUAACUAAGGUUAUUGAGACAUUGAACCAUCCUGAAUUAUUUAUCGACCCUUGUAAACUGAAUUAUUUAUCGACCAUUGUUAUUAUUCAACAGAUGCAAUUCUCCGCCUCAUUAUAGUUUUACAGUGGGGACUACUGUAACUGGGGCUACUUGGACAAAGUUGACCAGUGAGAUUAUAGUAAAAUAACAAUACGUUCCAAGAAAGUCGGUUGUGGGCCACUCAGCAGCUCGUAAAAAGACAAUAAGUUACUUGAAGCACAAAAUUCAAAUAUUGAUAGCAAAUGUUUUCCAAGAAAGCAAAGUUUCUCACCAGACAAUGUUCGCAACCUUACAUAUAACACUCAGGAGACAUAUUUGUUUGACAGAAGCCAUUAUUUUCUCAUCUACCAGCAAUUUCUUCACUACCAUUGCCUCGCUUUGCAAUAACAUCAUGACCUCAAAACAGAAAUUUAAUAAUGUUUACAUUUUUUGUCUGCUUCAUUUACCCUAACAGAUCCCUCAAAAAACACAGGUUUUGUUCAGCAGGUUCAAAACGUAAUGUCUGUAUGUUACAAUUGGUUAAUUAAUUUUAAUCCAUGCUGCUUACCGGCAUUUCAAUUUUGAUUGACAACUAACUUUCUCACAAUGUAUUGUUAUUUUCCUGUAAUCUGAUUGGUCAACUUUGUCUAGGUGACCCCAGUUAUAGUAGUCGUACUGUAAAAGCAACUUAGUCGUAAAAUUUUGAGGAAUAUGAUUGGUUUUAAAACCAACCAAAAUAAUCAGGUGUGGACCUUUCCUAUUCAUUACUUCCCAUGCCCAAUCUUAGGCUAAUUAGGCCCUCUUAGGGGGGGUUACUUGUGUCCCUAGACUGAAUUUUAAAACUUGUAAUUUCACGUAUUGAGGAGAAAAUUAGCCAUGUCGCUGUUGGUAUUUUUCUAUUGUAUUUGCGAUUUUCUCUGUUGCUGUCGCAGUUUCAACCCAUCUUUGUGUCAUCUGUUGCCCUUUUCAUCUGGGCUUAUGUUGCUAUUUCAAGGCCAUGUUGCUUAUCAGAAUUUUACCCUAACAGGCCCUCACUUUCCUAAUCUGCUUAUAAAAAGUCAUAACAUUACGUGCGCCCAUCCUAAACAUGUACAGUAUGCAGUUUCAUACUAACUUUGAUCAUUAUUUUUUUUAGGAUUCCAAAGUAGAAAAUGAGGCAGAUGUCCCCUCAGUAGGUAAAUACCCAGCUACGCAUAUUCAUUAUUGCUCUAUUCUACUCUGAUAAUAUGUCAAGCCUUAAUGGAAUCCAUGACUGAAAUCAUUGAGCAGGGAUUUAUCUUUUUCUGCAUCUCUUAGUUUUGUUAUUUUCUUCCUUUAUGUUUUCUGCAGCCUUGAAAGACAUUGUUGUUAUUGUGAGAAGCCAACACAAUAGAUAUCAUGUCAAAAAAGCAAAAGCAAUGAGGGAUGACCUGACUCAACAGGCAGAAGCAAUGGGAGAAAAGGUAUGACAAUGUAGCUCAGCCAGUAGAGUGCUGGCCUGGAGACCCAGGAGGGAAGUACUUCCUAUAAUGGCCAAAACGAGGAAGGGGUACCUCUGUCAGGCUUCAGGGUAGGGGGUUUGCUAGGUGGAGUAUAUGAAAGGGUAGGGAAAUCUGUCAUCUUAGUCUGUAAAAAGGCCCAAGGGGCUAACAGAUGCAUUUUAUGGGUGAGAAAAAGUUGAGAAAAAGUUCUGGUUUGUGAUUUAUUCAUAUUUAAAAGACAGCGCAUUUAGAGCAGUUAAAAGGAAUGCAAGGUAUGUGAAGGACGCACUUUAUUUAUUUAUUAUUAUUAUUAUUAUUAUUAUUUAUUUUUACAGUUUAUUUAGUUAUCAAAUAAUUUUAGUCUAUGUUACCCACAAUUAGCGGAGCUAUUCAAGGUGGGCAACAAUACAAUAAUUGUCUUCUACAAAGUCGGCAAAAGAACUAAAGCAAACAGAGAUUAAAAAGACACGUCCAUGUUGGUCAUAUGAAAGGGGUACCUUUUCCUGUAAUUUGCCAACAAAGAUAAUCACUGUCAAGAAAUUGAUGGCAUCCAUUAUCUCUUUGCAAGUAAUGUGUAAGCAGUAGGGGAUGUCAGGCUGAUGGCUUUAUGUGAAUAAAUUGCUUUUUUUGGUCACUUUUGUUAGGAUAGUUUAGAACUAAAGAUGAUGCAUGAAGACUGGGCUCCUCUUGGAGCAUGGACGAUUGUUCCAAUCAUUAACGGGUAAGGUCAAUGAAUGAUUUUCCAGUAAUCGUAGACUAGCCUGCGUUGCAGCCGGCCCACGCACUCGUUUUAGUCUAUACAGAAGGGAUGAUUUUGAAGGCAAUCGUAGACCACGUUUUGCACACAGGAUGAUUCAAACACUGCAAGUCGUAGAAAGAGAUGAAUGUGCAAAGUAAUGUCUCUGUCAAAAGCAGUGUCUUCGGGUAUAGACUUACUCACUUUCCUCAUGAUUUUAUGUUGGAGUGUUGAAAUUACCGACUUUCAUUGUUUGCCCCCUAGCAAUCCCAGAAGCCUGUGCGCAUAAAAUAGGUCUCCAAUUACCUUGAAAUUUAAUCAUCAUUUAUUGUGGGCAUAGCACCAAUCUGUCUGGCAUCAAAAUAUGGUGUGCAUUCAUUGUGCUGGAAAAAGAGUGUAUGGCAUGUUUAUUUUUAUAGUAUGUGAGCACCUCAUUUGAAUAAGGUCACCGCUCUAGUAAGCAGGCACCCCUGUAUUGUCAUUUUAUUUAUGAAAAGUGGUUUUAUUGCUUUGUUACUAGUAUUCUAUUUUCAAUUAUAUUUCAGUUUGGCUGAGGAUUAUGGAGACAACAAACGGUGGAUAUUUUUUUGUGAGGAAGAAACCAUUAUCAACCUUUUUGGGCUGGUGCAAGUUUUAAGUAAACAUGAUGCGAGAAAGGUGGCUGAAAACAAUACCUGAUUAUUAGUUAAUUUUUUUCCAUCUCCUGCUAGCCUGUUCCAGGCUUCAAGAUAGUGGGAAAAGCACAUUGAAAAAUGUUGCAGGGUGAGCUGUGGAGAGACGGCAUUUAUCGCUAGUUUGCUUUUCCACGGCUCGCCCACAUUUUUUGCUCAUCUGCCCUGACCGAGAGCCUGGCACAGGCUAAUCUCCUCCAUCCCUAAAACAGUAAACACAGACACUGUUGAUACAAAUUAGCCCUUUGCAGCAGGAGUAACAAGGUCUUUCUUGUACCAAAUAAGCCCAUUUUAGUUACAGGUGGAAAAGAGGCUUGAGUUGACCUUGUUUUGCUUCAACCCUUCCUGCUUUAUUAUGUAAAUCAUGUUGUUCUUAUGCUAACUAGUAUUUUUCAAGUAUAAUUUCCAUAAGAAAAGGAAAGAGGUUUGUAUGAAAACAAGGUCAACCUCAGCCUCACGUUCCCCCAAAAGCUAGGAUACUAAGCCCACAACUUUAAAAUGGUCUAUUAUGGGAUUCAAUCCCUAAAAUACCACAGAUUGAAAGAGCAUAAAUAAAAUAGUUGAUCUAUUUAAUUUAAAAGCCCUUAACAUUUAGAUUUUGUACUGGUAAGAAUAACGGACAAAUACUGUGUGUAUUUCAAUAGUAAAAGUCAUGGGAUUGUAUGGUUUGUGGUCCAGCAAUUAAUUCCAUCGAUGCAAUCAAGACCUUGUGACUAGUACUAAGAUAAUGUGAAUUAUGUUGAGUCAACCGUAGACAAAACUAGUUAUUCUAGCCAAUCACUAGCCUGCGUAGCAGGCACCAGUGUUUUAAGGGUGAAGGAAGAAAUCUCGAGGAUGCGCCAUUGACUGAUAAAUAAUGCAUUGAGGAGACAGACUCACUCCCAAGGGGCGUUCUUAGCCAAUGGCAAUUUCUACGCAGCGUCAGAGAACGUAGAAAACGGAAAACUAGGGCUUUCGCUGCAGGCGCCUCCUCUCAACUUUGCGUGUUCCCCUCGUGCGGGCCUGUAAUAAGAUCUGCUGCUACGGUGGGUAGCCAAUCACAGUCCAGUAAACUAAUCACAAGUGCAAGAAAAUGUUUCAAACUGGCGUGUAGGGGUUGCGGUGCGUGGGAAAACUCGCACAAAGAACGUCAGCCACUCCAAAUAACAAUGUUUACCUUUUUAAAUAGACAUGAUUAUCCUACCAAAUAAUUGAAUUGAGUAAUUUACUGUCGUCUUUUUAACAGGAGCUGUUUAUUGGGCAUGCAAUUCAGGACCAAGAGCCCGCAAUCAUCCAUUACUUUGAUUUUUCUUGGUUCUCUUUCCCUGACUUUGCCGCUGGUUGGGCUUUAUCUGUACCCUUACUGAACAGGCAAGUUAGAUUCAAAGUUUUUUUUUUUUAUGAAAAAAAGACAAAUAAAGCAGUUUUUCUUCCCCGACUCAAAUUUUGCGGUAAUCUUUUGAAACGGAAAUUUCCUAGUUUUAGUCUCGUUACGAGAACCCUCUUUUCCACAAAAGUUUAUCAGAGGCAUAUCAGACAGGAUCUUAGAAGUGGGACCACGAAACGAAUCAUUUUCACGGAAUAUCCGUUCGAGAGGUCUUGGUUACGUUCCGUCCAGACUUGACAGGCGUGCCCACGAAAGGGUUUAUCGUGAAAUGAGGAAAUGUUCACAAGAUCUGUUUACACACGUUAGUGUCGGGCAGUUGCUAGUGUAGACGCGAAUAAACGUAGAAAAUCGUGGCAUGCGUGUUAGGAUCCCAAGUUUUUUCUUGUAGCUGUAGUUGAUUGGUUGUCACGUUCAACACAACCUUUAAUUAUAUGUCAACCACUCGUCUGUCAAUCUCUCAUUCUUACUAUGAGGUUUUGUAAUAAAUGUAUACAAUAUAACGUUCCUUCUUUAAGCUGUGUCGUGAAACAUCGUCAAUAGGAAACAAUAUGGCGAAAUCUUGGAGAAAGUAACGGCCAAAAUAACGCGCGUAAUAUAUAAUUACAGGGGCACCGGCCCCAACGAGGGUAUAGUUCAAAACCACUUAACAUAGCAUUGUUGAACGUAUUUUAGUAUCUAAACGGUAGAUAUAGGCAUAUUUUUAUCCCCUUAAAAAUUUUCAUCUGUUCGGAUUUCCUAGCUGAAAGUCUAGUGAUCCGAAAAUUAUAGGGAUGAAAACUUACCUUUUCGAAAAUUUCAGCCAGGACAAGGCUCCCGAAAAUUCUAGGUGGCCUUUUUUUAGGGUAAAAAUCCCUUACAAAUGGGAUAUUUAUACCAUUUUGUAGAUGUUCGAAAAUCCUAGGAGAGGCAGGCAAGCAAGAAAUUUUACAACAAAUGUUCCGAAAAUUCUAGAUCUCAAAUCGUCUUCCGAACAGAUAUUUUCCGAAAAUUGCCGUUGGGUGCCCCUGUAAUUGCUGUAAAUCCACUAUUAACCCCCCUCUCUAAUAACCUCCCCCCUCCAUUUUCAGGGGAAGAAAGUUAAUAAACCCACCAUCUCUUUAAAGCCUCCCUUCCCUUCAACCUUAUUAUUGUUCACUAAUAAAUGAUAGACUGUAUAAAUCAAUCAUGACUGUAAAACUUUAUUUGGACCGAUCCGCGAUGGUUUAUUUACCUGUUGGAAGUUCGGACUUGUUUUUGAUUCUCGCCUGUAUGACCUCCAACUUCUUGGACUUGAGCUUUUCCACUUUCCAUGCUAGCUUUUUAUGGAGAGCUGAUAGCACCAUCUUCGCCAAAUUAAAUAAGUUCCCCGGGGGGUAAUAGAAUAUUUACGGUAUAGUUAUUAUUAUUUAUAGUUAUUAUUUAAGCAGAAUACCAGUUGUAUUAGAAAACCGCAGGUCAUCUCAGGAAGGGGGGUGCGCACCCCCUACACCCUCCCCCUAGAUCCGCCCCUGGGAUAGGUGUCCAUACUAUACCAGAUAGGUUUUGUACCGGAGCCAAAACCAUACCAGGUAGGACGUUCAUACAUGAGUCGCGAUUUCUACAACGGAGUGACACUGCGCCUCGCCGAUCUGUAAAGUGGAAAGUCACAUAUCGGAUAGGUGUUUUUAUUAUAUAAACUGCAGUGUUUUACAAGGAUUUCUACCACCGAAAUCACGGAUAUUUUUCUUGAAGAUAUCGAUAAUUUCACUGACAUCAGGUUUGUCUCUUAAAUUGUACUUAAAUUCCUUAAAUUCAUUGAUGUAUCAUCGUCCCCGAAAGAGCCCGGCAAUUUCGGAAAUCUUCGGAAAUUCUCGGAAAAUGUUCGGGAACGUUCGUCUGGUCUUCGGGACAAUUUGAAAAAGCUUCGAAGGUGGUCGGAAAUCUUCGGAAAAUCAUCAAAAACGCCGUCAUCAUUAAUAUGUGUAAACAGAAGCCCAUCCGGUAUGAUUUUUGUGGCGGCGCAAAAGCCGUCCGAUAUAGUGUGAAGAUAACCUAAGAGGCAAAUGAGUACAAGAAGAAAAUAUUAGGGCCAUUUAUACGAGCAAAAAUAAGACGCGUGUUACAUAAGACGCGUCUUAAAUAAGCCGCGUCUUAAAUAAGCCGCCAACUGUACCAUUUAUACGAGCAUGUCUUAUCUGAGACAAGAACAGCUCGUAUAAAUGGUUCGCGUCUUAUUUCUGUUCUUGACUCGUUUUCAUGUGAAUGUUGCCCGUAGCAACGGCAAUACAACGUGGCGCGCCCAAAAUUUACGCAUGUGUAUUAUGCGUUCGCGUCUUAUGUAAGACGCGAAGGCCAUUUAUACGAAGUUUUUCUCGUCUUAGCUAAGACGCGUCUUAUCUAAGAACAGGUGUUAAGGGCUGUUCUAAAAUAAGACGCGUCUUAGCUAAGCCGCGUCUUAUUUUAGACGAAAUGAGCCGUUAAUACGGAAAGUUCGCGUCUUAUUUAAGACGCGUCUUAUUUUUUCUCGUAUAAAUGGCCCUAUUGUAUUUAGUCUUUGUGGUGAUCAUUUGUUUGUGCUUAUCCUUGCGUUUGGGCCGUUUAAUUCGUGGGCAAAGUAUAUAUUAUCUUUUCUUGUCGGCAUCGCUAUUGAAAAGUAGGCUUAAUGUACGAGGAUGUACGGAAAUGUUGCCUAACAAUUCGUGGUUAAUAGUGGACAAUUUCUGGUGAAGGUAAUUCAUUUCACAGUGUCUUGACAAAAUGUAUACUGCAUCUUUUGUCUGCUCUGUGCGGUUUCCCACUUCAUACAUGCUUUGCGAAUUCCACAGUGUAAUAACCCGCAAAAACGUGUGCUGAAAAUCAUUUAUUCGUCUAUGUACAAUAUUGCUACAAAAAAUAAUCUUUAUAAACUCAAGACAAGUUAACUUAAAACAACUAAUUUACAUCAUAAAUACAGUAUCAUUUACUUACUUUCUUAUUUACAGAUUAAGUAAAAGACUUAUCGCAGCCUCGCUACAGUCAUAUUUGUCCAUCGAUGUACAAUACGAGGUACGCAAUUCAAUACUUAAUACUAUUAUACGUAAAUUGUUUACUUUUCACAGAGAAAUAACUCAGCAAGUCAGUUGAAUGGAGUGUAUACGAGAUAAAAAGUCUCAAUGUAAUGUCCUGGCGAGUUUAUACAACACACGAACCAACAAAACAGUCUCUUGUCCUCAAAGGAAAAACUUAAAUGAAGAGUGCUCAGCGGGCUUUUAUUUGCUUCUCGAUGUGUACUUUGUUACAGCCUUGGUUCCUUCGCUUACCGCGUGCUUCGCCAAUUCGCCAGGCAAAAUCAACCGGACUGCAGUCUGAAUCUCGGGGGAACUGAGAGUCGACUUUUUUUGUAUGAAGUCAGCUUAGACGCUUCCGAAGCUAUCCUUCUCGAAGAUAUCGUUUACGAACGAAUUCAUGAUAUUCAUAGCUUUACCCGAAAUGCCAGUGUCAGGGUGUACCUGCUUUAGAACUUUGUAAAUGUAGAUGUUGUAGGUCUGUCGUCCUUUUUUUCAUCGUUUUUCUUUGCCUUCAACACUCUUGGGUCUUCCAACAGACUUCGACUUCUCAUCUUUCUUUACUUUAGGCAUCUUCGAUAGUUUUCUUCUUGUCUCCUCUCAAAUUGUGCCUUUGGUCAAGAAAUUUUUCAGUCAAUCGCUAUUUAUUGGAAAAUUUCUGUUACCUACUUUGCAAUCGGAUCGAAAUUCACGAAAUUUCAUUGGCUGUUUCGCAUCAAGCAUACUAAUAGCACGACGAAGACGCACAUCUUGAACAAAAGAACAUGAUGGCAUGAACUUGAGCGCACUUCAUAUGUAUCGAUAAGUCGAUGAGAAUUUUCCGCCAGAUAAUUGCUCACUAUUUUUCACGGAACCAUGCAAAACAAUGCCUAUGAACGAGCGUUUCAAACGCUUUGUACAAUUCUCUGACUUUCGUAGAUAAAAUUAAUUGAGGACCUUUCCUAUCAAUUCACACCCUGGACAUUUUAGUCGUCGUGUAAGGCAAUCCAACAUUUUUUAAUGAGUCGUCCAUGCGUUUCUUGCACGAAUAACCGGAUUUUUUUCUUACGAAUAAUAAACUCUUUCUUGUAGUUUUUUUUUGACACUUUCAGGCCUCUUCCACACGUGUCCGGAUAUUUUUGAAAAAGGAGAUUUUUUUGUCCAUUGUCGAAAAAAAAGCCUCCACACGUAGCGUAUUCGAACUCGUUUUUGCCCGUCCACACGAAGACGCUACGAAGAAUGGAAUUACGAUUGCAAGCCUUACAGGACGUGCUCUGUAUGAUGUAUGACAUCAUGAUAUCGUAUUCGAAAACCUCCGUUUUUGUCCGUCCACACGAUAAGUCGGCAUUUUAAAAAUCUCCUGUCUGGAGAGUGUUUUUGAAAACAUGCGUUAUCGCUGACCGUUUUCACCGGAUACGUGUGAACAGUAGCAGUGGCGGAUCGAGGGGAGGGGUCCAGGGGGCCCGAUCCACCCCUUAUUUAUAGACCAAACUGAGGCCCGAAGAGCUGAAAAAAAAUCGGGGGAACCAAGCCCCCCAUUAUCUCAGGGUCUGGAUGAUUGCCCCCCCUUAUCUGACGGUCUGGAUCCACCACUGAGUUGGCCAAACAGGGGGGGAAAACUGAUCUCGUUUUGAAACAGAUACGUGUGGGCGUGGCCUACGAAAGAAACUAUAUAAGAAAAUACAUAAGAAAGAAAUUUAUAUAAGAAGUAAUCAGAGCACACUCCAAGUUAGCUAUUAAAAGUGUGUCAUCAAACCAGCUCUCAUUUGGACAAUAACAGAUUCUCCUUUUCAUAUCAAAUUUGACGGAUACCAGUCUAAUAUAUCACGGACUGGAAAAGGAAACUCAGUACUGUCUUCAAUGCAUUGUCAUUUAAAAAUCUUAUCAUUUCUCGUAGGUCGCAAUGUUCAUUCGUUAUGCGGGUCGAGGUACGCUACUGACAGACGUCCCAGAACUCUGCACCAGCGACCCAAGGGACCAACACGACUGCGUGACGUCAGUCAAAGGUGGCGGCCCGGAAUGUGUGAGUGUUUGUGUUUGAUAUACGAACGUUCAAAUGUUUAGACUGACAUUCAAAUACUUAAAUGGUAACUAGUUUUUGUUCGCAAAUCUAAAGAAUGAACGAAAAGGAACGAAGCCAAGGACCCACUUUUCCCGCCGUUAACUUCUGUGUUUCCUCGCUUAGAAACCGUUGCAAACUUCUUUCUUACUUGGCAACUCUAGGGUGUAUUUCCUAAUUUAACUUCUUGUUAUCUACCUUCCUAAACUAUCAAAACCUUUAACUUAAAUCAAAUUUUCCUCAGUAGAAACUUUGUAGUCAAAAUGUCGUCUAAGAAUAGCUACUGUGUCGUUUUUUGGGGGUUACCUGUGCAUUUUUUCCACAGGGUGAUCUAUCUUUGGACCAAAUUUUCUUUGCCGUCAAGACUACAAAGAAGUACCACAAAAGUCGAGGUAGUUUUAAGAAAUAACUUCGCAUCCAUAUUCAUCCGAAUCCCCUCCGUAACUGGAUUUUGUUUUAGCGCAGUGAAAGAAACUUCAACAAAGCUAUUUUCUUCCUCCACAUUUCUUACGUGUGGCUUGCCGCCCAUUUUCUGGGCGGAUCCUUUACUGUGCUCUUACCAAACUGCUAAUAUUCACCCGAAAAUAUCAUCUACUACUCCAUGCGAAUGUUUGUGGACUGGUUAUUGCGUUUGACAGGGCAAUGAAUCAAUCUAGGAUUUUUGCUGUGUGGGUUUAGUCAAAUCUGUGAUAGCAUUGCCUUAUGUCUUGAACAACGACUCUUUCUUUUAAUCUUUUUUCAGUGCCUGUUGUCCAGAAAACCGUCGGUCAAUACGCUAAACAUAUAGUUUACUACAGUGAGACUAAAGAUUCGUCCAUACCAACAGAGGACAUUGGAGUUCCGAAUACGGAAAGUGGUAGGAGUGAGGACUUAGGAGAGGGUAGUAGGGCUCUAAAGCAAAGACAAGUGAGGCUUUCCCUCUUUGUAUAUGCCAUGGUGCUACCAAAAUUGUACAAUCUUCACUCUUGCAGAGCCGAUUUAGCCGAAAAUUUGGGCAAAAUCGUUGCCCAAGAAUGCAAAAGCCGGUCGACGUGCGUCGCGUGUCGUUCAGAAACAAAUAACUCAGUUAGUUAUAUCAAAAUGGCCUAAAACAUACCCAAAGCUACAUCAAAGAAAUGAAGAAAGACAUCUUUAUUAAUAAAUCAUUGUUGUAUUUGUUCCUAACACAAAGACUAAUCGUUUCGUAACCAGGACACUGGCGCGCUUUGAAGAGAGCAGGAGCUCAUAUUAAACUCUGUCACAGGAUACAAAUAACUGAGUCGUCAGAAAUCUUGUAGAAGUCUACGUACUACCUAGUAGUAUCUGAUUCUGACUCGUCCUAGUCUUUCUCGUCUCGAUGUUUCAAUUUAUUAAAGAGGAAACGCGUCGUCACCUGAGAGACUGCUGGGGACCUACCAGUCUCCGUCGCCGUGACAACAUAUGUUGCAACGAGAAGUCAUUGAUCAGAGAUCUCUGUCAGAUCGAUCGCUUGCGUUAUAAGAUUGCCAGACCUGUUGAAGUCUCUGGAGUUUUAUUGUCGCGUGCGCGUGGUCUUUAACAGAACUUGUAAGGUCAAAUGCUUGUCUCGUCCAUGUCAGGAUUUUAAUAGCCUUGUUGAGAGCGUCUAAAUUUUUCUGAAUAAAAUCUUUUAUUGGGUAAGUUUUCCCACAUGAAGUCGAUUCCAUUGUUUGUAUCAAUUUUAUAUUUCUCUCGUAAAUUCACUCGCUGUCCCUGGAGAAUCGAAGAUGAUAGUGGUAAUACAUUGCACUUGUCGUUCAAUGAGACAUUGUGAAGAGGGUCGUCUUUGCGAUUAUUCUGAUUAUACAUGACAAAUGGCAAGCCCUUGCGUGGGAUUCCCUUGCCACCACCAAACGUUUCGUAACGCGGCUGGAAACACGAAGAUGACGAAGUCGAUGAUUUUGUGUUUGAUCUGUACCUGGUCCAUUCCGGAAUCAUUUGUCGAACUUGAAGGGAAAAAUCAAAGCACCGCACUCGUAGAAGAGCUUGCAGAUCAUAUCGUUCCUCGUUGUUCAGUCUUCUAGAACUCUGACUGGCGAUGGCGGGUAGUUUCACCCUAGGUUUCUCAAGGUAUUUUUGUAUAAUAGAAGCUUGUGUCAGUACUUCAUCCCUUGGUUUCACUUUACUUAUAGAUACUUUAGCUGGACGUUUCUCCGCUCUUUCUUUUUCGGCUUUUCUAAUGCUAAAUGCACUUUUUCCUGUGAUAAACAUAUCUACUUCCUUUCCCGUUAUACGCGGCAUUACCAACUUUCCUCUUGCAUGUCCAUCCAUAAUAUUUCGCGGCAUUGCGUUAGCUGCCCUCUGUCGUUAACUCGUCCUUCGGCGGAUAAUUUCUAAUGUCAUUUUUUCCGAAUAUAAGUGUCUGAGUUUUAAGGGAAAAACGUCAAUUUGACGUUCUAAUCUGUUGGUUUUAAUUCUCUGUCUACAUGUCCCGUACAUAAAGCAGACAAAUAAUCUGUUUAAAAGCGAUAAAGGUUGAAGCCGGCUGUUUACUGGAAGAAUAUCAGUCAUCGUUUGCUUCUCAGCAAACAACUAACCAUCAAUUAUAUUCGAUUUUGAAGAGCACUUCAGGCAUUUUUCAUAUUUUCCCGUUUAUUGUGAUUUACAAAGCACAUUAUUUCGGCUGAAGACUUCACAAACAUUCGUGGCCGUGGCGGACCAUGUUAUGAAAGUUUUCUGCCCACAAUUUUAUCAUUUUCCUGAGGGUCUAAAUUAACAGCUCAAAGGCCGGGCUUUAAACGAGGAAAGCUAUGUAAGUUGUGGAAACCAUCUGUAUUAAAUCUCAUCUUUACUCUAACAAGUAGGCUCCAAGACACGGCUAUCUUUGUGAAAUGUAACAACGUUAGGGCUUAAAUUCCAACGAGAGUCGACAAAAUUACUAGCAAAACGUUCCUAUAUGGAGUUGUUAUCUUAUGCUGAAUUUUUUCUAUUACUUUCUGAUGUUCUUCCUGAACAUCAAUACAGUACCCUAUCUUUGUUAAGGAAUCCUAAUACUCUUGUUUUUAUCAUUAAUUUAGAACUUAUUUCUUUCGAUAUCCGGCUCGGUACGAGAUUAACUUGUGUUUGCGCGAACAUUUUCGCGGUAGUUAACAACUGACUGCCCUCAAAAUUUGAGGUAUAAGCUGUUGUCAAUCUGGCGCCCCUUUACUGAGAGGAACCAAAUGAGUCCUGAAAGAGGUUAACUGGAAGGAAGGGCAUGCAAGACUCUUCUUAUAUUGAGUUCUACAGACAUCUAGACAUUGAGUGUUUUUGCUUUUUGUCCAGGGUUUUUAAAACCAGGAUUAAGCUUACUCGGAAGUAGAACUAAUGUUGAAUUUUUGUCUAGACCUUCGAAAUGUGAAUAGCAAAAAGUCGUUUUGGCCUCUUUCAGACUCUAAGUUUAAACUAAAGUUGAUUUGACUGAAAUUUAAAAACAAAAAUCUUAGCGCGCAUUUUAUUAUGGGAUUAAGUUAAUCCGCUUUCCAGCGAACAACCUGGGUCUUCGAUGUUGAGUUUUUUACCCGACGAGUGUUGUUUAUUAGAAACAUAUUUACAUAUUGGUAAAAACUAUUUCGUGAUUUUAUCAGAAAAUAUUAGUGCCGGCUGGGCAUGUAAAACGAAGGCACUGAAUGUAGAUUUUAUUCAAAGAAAAGGUGGGCAGGUAAUCUAAGGCCUAAUAUGGCUAGCUUUGCGUUUUUUAAGCUUUCCUGUUCUGCUGUUUUUUCUAAAAACAAUACAGAUAGAGAUUUUGAGGUAAAAAUGAAUGAGAAACCGUGUAAGUAGUGAACUUUUGGGAUUUGACAAAUCAAUCACGAUUAAACUGAAAAAGAAAAUUGAAGCCUUUGGCUUAACUCGUGACCUCUGCGUUGCGGCUAUGACGCUUCGGGAAGAAUCUCAUUUUUUUUUUUUAACUUCUGCCGUAAGAUAAGUUGUAAAACAAGAACGGUUUUUCGAACGCGUUCAGUUUAAUGUUUUUUCGGUACCAUUUUAGGGUUAGUUUCGUGUGCUUAUUAAUAUGUGUUCUUUUUGUGUUCUGUCUUUUACUUUCAAAAACGAAAAUAUGAAAACCAUUCCGCUACCAUAAUUUCUCUUUAAGGAAUGUUUAAGAUCAAAUAGCAAAAUGUUUGUUUCCUUAAACGAAACCGUUUUAAAAGCAUAAUUAGAUUUGAGACAUUGCCUGCCACGGGGUCUUGCAAAACCGUUAUUAUGGGGUGAACAAUGAUAUAUUAAAAGUUUACAUAUUAAAAACGAAACCGUUUCAUUUGUGUGGUGGAGGGCACAAACUCGCUCCCGCAAAAACAUAAUUACUAAUUUUUUUUUUUUCCGCGUUGAGUGGCGAGUUUUGAAGAAACCGUGGAAGUGCCUUCUUUACAGUUUUUCCAUUGUCCAUUUAAUGUCCGCGGGGAUAAGUUACGCAGGCUACGGUUUUCCCGCUUGGACAAAAGGAAACAGAAACACGCGACACCUACGCAGACUGCUAACAUAGCCACAUAUUAGGACGGCCUCAAGACGAGAAUGUAGCCUGCGAAAACAUCCGCGCUCUUCGCCGCUGGAGAGUUUAAGCUCUUCUCUAGGGGCGAAGAGCGAGAAGAAACGGAUGUUUUCGCAGGCUAAUGAGAAUGUAUCGUAUCGAUAUUCCAACUGUCUUUUUAUUCCUUAUCUAGGUCACUGUGCCAAGCUACAGGCCAUCAUUCAUAAAUCCGCCACGGACCCCAGAGCCGCUGACAAACUCUGGCUCGUGGUUAUUGAUGAUGAUACAAUCAUGAGGUGAUUCAGUAUGGAGCUCAGUACAGUAUUGGACAAAACAGAUGAAAAAUUUAGAACCUCCUCCUCCCCAAAUCGAGGAUGGGAAAAUGGUGCGUCUUGGCUUUCGCGCCGCUUCAUCCUUGAUUUCAGGGGAAUGGGGUUUACUCCUCCAUUUUAUUCUGUCCUAGAUUGUAGUUGCGUAUAGUAUGAAAACCGGUUCAUCUUGUUGUGUCAGAGUGCUUUUCUAAAAUCAAAAUGAAAGUAUUAGUUUUUAAUCCAGCCAAUUACAAUUGACGAUGUUAAUCUAUUGAACCAAUCAAAAAUCGAAGCAAAUGCUUGUAGCGGACGCGGGAACGAGAGAGCAACUAACUUUUCUCCUGAUUGGUCAAGAAAGUGGCACGAGAUUUUCUGCUAAUGGUAGCGUGGCAAGGAAAAAAGAGCAGUUUGAGGAGGAGUGGUCUUGUUGCAGAAAUGUUAGCACAUCAAACUUUUGCCGUGAUGUUGCUUUGUCUGUGUAGAUAAAGCACAAAUUCCCUCUCCUGUUUUUCGGCUUUUAUUCAAAUUGCAUACAUGAUGUUAAAAGGUGGAAUAAGCGUCUCCGUCCUACCCGUUUUGAAAGUUUUCAUUCUAAAAUUCCCGCUUGAAGAGAUAUUGCGAAAUAUGGAAUGCCACAGGAAGUUGAUGUGCUGCUGAAGAGUUGCUGUCGAUUGGUAACAAUGUGUUAACCACAUUUUACCAACCACGCCCAAGGUAUUGACACAAUAACUUGAAAAGGCCAAUAAAUCAAAUGUUAGUAAGCGGCGUAAAUUUCAUCCGAUAAAAAGUAUUUGUACUUAAAAUGGACUAUUCUUUUGCACAGUGUGCCCCGAUUGCAAAAAUUACUGGCUUGUUACGAUCCAAAAGAAGUUACGCUGCUCGGUGAGAGAUACGGCUACGAACUGACGGGAGAGUAUGGGUACGAUUAUAUCACUGGAGGGGGAGGGUAAGGUUUUUUAGCUUUGUUUACAAUGUUCUUAUGUGUUUUGUUUGAUGUUUUGUCCUUACUUUCUUGCAAUGACAUCUCGUUUGUCCCGCUGUUAGCCCGCAAAUACAGCCCCCCCCCCCCUCCCACCUCCAUCGCUCUCGUCGUCGUAGCCAAAAUGCCGACGGCUCUCUUGCAAAACGUUCUCAGCGGCGGGAAGCGAUAAAAGAUGGCUUUAUUCGCAGGCUAUCUCGCUGUGGGACCAAAUACCUAAGACCCCGGGGGGGGGGGGAACUCCGCAUAUGAAAGGGGUGGGGGUGCUCGUCCGAAAUUUUGAAUUAAACCAGGAGCUGAUUAAACCCCUAAAGGAGACCGAUGGGCGUGGCCCAAGCUUUUUUUGAACCCUAAAAGAGACCAUGUUAAAACACAGACAAUAUAUAUUGUUAUAUUUUUUUCGCGUGCAACCCUAAACGAGACCUUCACGGCUAAAUAUUAUGGCCUUUUGCCCAGAACACCCUAAGUGAGACCGAAAUCCGAAAUUUACACCCCUAAGCGAGACGACGGGCAGCCCCACCCCUUUCAUAUGUGGAGUGCCCCCCCCCCUUCCCGGGCCUAAGACGAUUUGCCUACCGGCUUUAUUUCGCCCCGUGUACCGCGGCAGGAUUAGCUCAGUCGGUAGAGCGCUUGACUGCAGAGGAGGAGGUCGCAGGUUUCUAUUCCUGGGACAAGGACUUUAAUUACUCAGAAAUGAAGAUACGGACUUCGCACUGUAAAUGGCUUGACCUUCCCAAGGCGUUCCCGUCUCCAGUAGCGGAUGUAAAAAUAGUGUCCUCAAUCAGCACUUUUGUGCUAAAUACAUUGACUUUCAAAUAAAGGGCAGACUGCAAAACAGUCGGGUUUUUUCUCAAAAUCGGUUUAGCUUACCGUAAGAGUCACACACGCGCGAGGCGCGCGAGCCUCUCACGCCCGUAGGGCGUGCAGAGUCAUUCCGCCUAAUUUUGAUUAGACCAGGGCAAGAGAAAUUUCUUCUACAACCCCCGUGUACCUAUGAUUCUCAUCAGUAUUUAUUUUUUCUUUUAGAAUGAUCCUGAGUCGAGCUGGUAUUGAUGCUCUACUGAAAAGCAACUGCAACUGCUGGGAACCAGACUCCCCCGACGACAUGUGGCUUGGGAAUUGUUUCCGAAGACUGGGAAUACCUCUUACGCAUAGCCCCGCCUUCCACCAGGUAUGUCCUGUAAUACUUUUUGUUGUAUUUCUUUAGAACCUUGUUUGAUGGAGGAAGGAUAGGUAUUCUCUCCAUCCAGAACUUGACCAAGUGUAGGGUCAAAUGGCACGAGAUUCUGUAGCCUGCAGGCGCCCAAAUUUCCCCUCGGGCUUCCUCUUGGACCGCCUGCCACGUGUUAAGAGGAAUCUCUAGACUCACUCAGUAAAGAGAGAUAAUGGCUAUUUAGCUCUCAAUGCCUAUAAUCGUGCUUUCCACGACCAAAUAUGCUGGUCACCGUCAUCUGGUCACUGACAGGACUGACACAUUUUUGCUCAUAUUUUUCUUUAUCUAAUUCCCGAGAGAGGGUUGCACUUUGGUUAACUUAGACGUUGGGGCGUUGCUGUUGUUGUUGCCGGAGUCGACAUGAAAUUUUUCUUGUAAAGGACAUCAUUUCUUACUGUGCAGCAUGAAGACUUGUUUUUAAUUAUGUUUGUUGUCGUUCUUUUGCAGGCCAAACCCAAUGAAUAUGUUCCAUCACUUCUGGCCCAUCAAACGCCCAUCUCCUUCCACAAACACAACGAUCUAGAUCCACUCACUGUCUACAAAGACUAUCUGAGUUGA